GCCAGUAUCCCCGAAAAGGGCCUUCUUGCCGUGUUAUUGUCGUUCCGCGCCUCGUCCGCUCUUCGCUCUCGUGCUCCCCGAACCCAUUGCCCCGUUUUCCUACUAUGUGCCAAUUCCAUGUCUCCAUACAGGAUCGUCUUAUUCAUCCAAAUUGCAUUGGCUUCCUCUGGUCUUGCGUUCUCUUGUCGUUCGGGUGGCCGCCGGCGAUCGCCUUCUUCCCAUCCAUCUUGUUAGCCUCUUCUCGAUACCCCCCUCCAACCACCCCUCCCCCAGCUUGGGCCCAGCGCCGACUCAGGACGUUUACUCCUCCUCCUCCUUCUUCACCCACUCCUCUCUCUCCCGUCUUCGCCCACACACUUGGACCAAUACACCAAACCUUUCAUAAAAGGCUGCCAGUCUCCCACCUCCCACCUUUUCUGUUUUCCUCUUUCUUCCGCCCUCCCACUCUUCACGCGCGGUGCUACGACGGUAGAAAGAAACCCUCUCGAUCCCACUGCGCAAACAUCUCGACCACAUUUGGUCCAUUACAAUACCCAAAGCCUGUCGGUAAGUUUUAUACACGUGCGCUCACAUAGGGACCGCCGUCUCAAGACCCGAGACACGGUCAUGCCAUUCCCACUACCUUUCACCUGCCUUAUACACAAUGCCACCAACCGGCCAAUUCAGCCCAACAGCAAGGCACACAGGAGAGACGAGAAUCGAAGCAGAGAGCUUGAGUAUGUGAGAGAAAUCGGAGCCGAACAGACAAGAGACACGAGCAUCACAAGCGAGACACGGAGAAAGCAGCACUUGAGGAGACCAAUUCAUACGAAAACGACUCUGCGAGUAUAAGCCAUACUUUUGACGAGAGAGCGGCAUUGGCAAUACCAAUGGCUUUGAAAAGAGCAACAGCAGCGGCAGCGGCGAUGGCAUCUGACGGCGCAUCAAUUCCCAACGAAUUUGGCAUCUCCGUCCUCCGUCUCAACUCUCUUUCUCUGGGACAGCCGCACAUUUUCUCCUGCACAGCGCUACACAUGCACCCUUUUUCCCUUGGGCAUGCGACUAUGUACGACUUCAGACGACCCCACACACCCGUAGGCCCAGACGAGCGACCCCUGGUCGUAAUCCCUGUGGAUGUGAUGUAAGGUCACCGCGGGAAUGGAGCUUGCAAUCGCCUAUCAAUCCCCAAGCCAAAACAACACACCAAAAAAAAAAAAAAAAAAAAAUCUUGGAGGGGUUGUCGGCCGGUGGCGGCCUAGUAUGGGCGGGACUGGCGUGUGCGACCAUGUGCUUGUUCCCCCAUUUCUACGACAGAUUGGGGCCGGCUACUGGCGUCACCAUUCUUAGCCGCAUGCUUUGGCAACAGCUUACCUCUCAUUGGCUCCGACCACGGCCCACGCCGGCACCGCAUUCUGCAAUGCUGCGCUACUGGCAAUGGCACUGGCAAACGGCACCCUGACACUGGCACCGCAAUCAUCGUCAGCUGUGCUGUGGUCGGCAAGAAAGAGAGACAGCACCAAACAGCUUCUGGCAUCUGGCAGUGCUUGCAUUUGCUUGACCCUCCAUUGUCUGAGCUGCUUUGGGGUUGGAUAGGCACGGCUGAAGUCUUGCUUGCCAGCUGCUUGCUUGCUCUCGUCCUAGCCUGUCCCUCCAUGUUCGGCUUCGGUUGCUUGGUUUGAGCGUUGCUCGCCUCAUCUUGCCUCGCUCCCACUGCUACCGAUAAUGCCCCUACUAGAGCCAUGUUCUGCCGCCAUUGCUUGUGGCAUGUGCUGCUGCUUGCUGCCUUUUGCGCAUUGUUGCUCGGAAUGCUUGUCCGCCCCUCUUGGCUUUACGUCGUUGCGAACAGGGGUCGGGAGUCAAUACCACCGCCAGGCUCUCUCACUCUUGCUCCCAGUUUACCUGAUGCUCCCUCACUUCCGGACGACGUAGCAAUCCGGUUCGAGAGUAGAGUUUGGCCUGCUCUGGAAAUUUCCCCUCUGGUCCUCCGUGCGUCCCUCGCCAGCUCCGAGCUUAAUUGAAGGAUAUCGCACCCCGCAUCCAGUUCCCUCCAACGAUUUCUCUUCGCCACUCUUCUCUCACUCUCAGAACUCACCGUCAACCAUUCGCCUUAUCUCUCUCUCUCUGUCUCUGCGUGGCUCAAGACCCCUCGUGUGCCCUGUGCAACCCUGUGUCUGGUCAUUGGGCGUUUACUCCCCCUCAAUUCACCACCAUCGAACCAAAGUCAUACUUGACCAACACAUCUUCGUCCCUCAGCGUCACUAACUGAACCCGUUUUGGGGUGUGAUAGAUUCGUACCAGAGCCAUUGCUCCUACCGAUCGACUGCUGCCGACUGGAAUAGUCCCUCCCCCGUCGACCUAUACCACCCCCUUCCACUGCAAUCAGGCUCGAAUCCUCGCCUAGCAUGGGCCUGCACGAGGACUUCGACGACCGACAAAUCCAUAUUGAAUCUGAAAAAGAGCAAUACACUCCCUAUGAGUACCAGACGGACAACAAUGGCUCCUGGGCGGGUGCUCUGCCGGUGAAGCAAGGAUUGUACGAUCCGAGCUUGGAGAAAGACGCAUGCGGUGUCGGCUUUGCUUGCCACAUCAAGGGCAAGCCUAGCCACAAGAUUGUCAGCGAUGCGCGCAACCUGCUUUGCAACAUGACCCACAGAGGUGCUGUGGGAUCUGAUGCACGAGACGGUGAUGGCGCUGGCGUCAUGACUUCGAUCCCUCACAGAUUCUUUGUCAAGAACUUUGAAAAGGAGGAAGGCAUUAAGUUGCCGCCUCUGGGACAAUAUGCCACGGGAAACCUGUUCUUUAAGCCAGACGAGGAGACUUUGCAAGAGUCCAAGAGGCAGUUGGAAGACAUUGCCGAAUCGUUAGGCCUGCGUGUCUUGGGAUGGCGAAGGCCUCCCGUUGACUCGACUCUACUUGGUCCUGCUGCCAAGUCCCGUGAACCCAUCAUUAUGCAACCUUUCGUCGUGUUGACCUCCGCCUACGGCCCGACCAAUGCCCCCGAAAACACCGACCCCGAGCAAUUUGAUGACAGACUCUUCGAAAGACAGCUGUAUGUCCUCAGAAAGCGCGCCACCCACACCAUUGGUCUCCAGAACUGGUUCUACCUCUGUUCCCUUUCCAACAAGAACAUUGUCUACAAGGGACAGCUGUCUCCCGUCCAGGUGUACCAGUACUACUAUGACCUCGUCAACGCCGACUACGAGGCUCACUUCGCCCUCGUCCACUCCCGUUUCUCGACCAACACCUUCCCCUCCUGGGACCGUGCUCAGCCUCUGAGAUGGGCUGCCCACAACGGUGAGAUCAACACUCUCCGCGGUAACAAGAACUGGAUGAAGGCCCGAGAGGGUGUCAUGCAGUCCGACAUCUUCAAGGAGGAGCUUGAGGGCCUCUACCCCAUCGUUGAGGACGGUGGUUCCGACUCUGCCGCCUUCGACAACGUCCUGGAGCUGCUCACUAUCAACGGUGUUCUCUCUCUCCCCGAGGCUGUCAUGCUCAUGGUCCCCGAGGCCUGGCAAGGCAACACUCACAUGGACCCCAAGAAGGCCGCAUUCUACGAGUGGGCUGCUUGCCAGAUGGAGCCCUGGGAUGGUCCCGCUCUCUUCACCUUUGCCGAUGGACGCUACUGCGGUGCCAACCUCGACCGUAACGGUCUGCGUCCUUGCCGCUUUUACGUUAUGGACGACGACCGCAUCAUUUGCGCUUCCGAGGUCGGCACUAUUCCCGUCGAGCCCGAGAAGGUUAUCCAGAAGGGUCGUCUCCAGCCCGGUCGCAUGCUGCUCGUCGACACCCUCGCCGGCCGCAUCAUCGACGACAAGGAGUUGAAGGAGGCUGUCUCCAGCCGUCAGGACUUCCGCGCCUGGAUCGACCAGGAGCUCAUCACUCUGCCCAAGGUUCUCGAGACUGUUGGCAAGUCCAUCGAUGUCGCCGCCAAGCCCGACGCCUCCCGUCUGCAGGAGGAUCCUCUUCUUCUGUCCUUCGGCUACACUCACGAGCAGGUGAGCUUGCUCCUGGCUCCUAUGGCCUCUGACGAGAAGGAAGCCCUCGGAUCCAUGGGUAACGAUGCUCCCUUGGCAUGCUUGUCCCAAGCACCCCGUCUCUUGUACGAGUACUUCCGUCAGCUCUUCGCUCAGGUUACCAACCCCCCCAUCGAUCCUAUUCGUGAGUCGAUCGUCAUGUCUCUGGAGUGCUACGUCGGUCCUCAGGGCAACCUGUUGGAGAUGGACAGCUCUCAGUGCGGUCGUCUCUUGCUUCCCAGCCCCAUCCUCUCGAUCCCUGAGUUCAACUCUAUCAAGAACAUGUCCACCAUCCACCCCGAGUGGACUGUCAAGGUCAUUGAUUUGACCUUCCCCAAGAGCGAGGGCACCGCGGGCUACUUGCGCCACCUCGACUACAUCUGCAACGAGACUACCGCUGCCAUUGAGAACAAGGACCGCAUCAUUGUUCUGUCCGACCGUAACACCUCCAAGGAUCGCGUUCCCGUCACUGCCCUCCUUGCCUCCGGUAUGGUUCACCACCACCUGGUCAGCAACAAGUGGCGUUCUCUGGCUGCCAUCGUCGUUGAGACUGCUGAGGCUCGCGAGGUUCACCACAUGUGUGUUCUCCUCGGAUACGGUGCCGAUGCUAUCAACCCUUACCUCUCCAUGGAGUGCAUCCUCAAGCUCAACCGCGAGAAGCUUAUUAAGAAGAAGCUCUCCGAUGAUGCUCUGAUCCACAACUACAAGCACUCUUGCGAUGGUGGUAUUCUCAAGGUCAUGUCCAAGAUGGGUAUCUCUACUCUUGCUUCCUACAAGGGUGCCCAGAUUUUCGAGGCUCUCGGUCUCGACGAGAGCGUCAUCGAGCGCUGCUUCAAGGGUACUGCUUCUCGUAUCCAGGGUGCUACGUUCGAGGCUAUCGCCGAGGAUGCUUUCCGUUUCCACGAGCGUGGUUUCCCCUCCCGUGCUACUGUCGGUAUCAGCGGUCUGCCCGAGUCUGGCGAGUACCACUGGCGUGAUGGUGGUGAGGCUCACAUGAACGACCCCACUUGCAUUGCCAACAUCCAGGAUGCCGUUCGCACCAAGAACGACAAGUCCUACGAGGCGUACUCCCGCUCCCAGUACGAGCAGAUCAAGGCCUGCACUCUCCGCGGUAUGCUCGACUUCAAGUUCGAGGACUGCACCCCCGUCCCCAUCGAGCAGGUCGAGCCCUGGACCGAGAUUGUGCGCCGUUUCUGUACUGGUGCCAUGUCUUAUGGUUCCAUCUCCAUGGAGUCUCACUCCACUCUGGCCGUUGCCAUGAACAGACUUGGUGGCAAGUCCAACACUGGUGAGGGUGGUGAGGAUCCUGAGCGUUCUCAGCGUCUGCCCAACGGCGACACUAUGCGAUCUGCCAUCAAGCAGGUUGCAUCUGGCCGUUUCGGUGUCACCUCUGCUUACCUCGCAGACUCUGACGAGCUUCAGAUCAAGAUGGCCCAGGGCGCAAAGCCCGGUGAAGGUGGUGAGCUUCCUGGUCACAAGGUGUCCAAGUCCAUUGCUCGCACUCGUCACUCCACCCCUGGCGUCGGUCUCAUCUCGCCUCCUCCUCACCACGACAUUUACUCCAUUGAGGAUUUGAAGCAGUUGAUUUACGACCUCAAGUGCUCCAGCCCCCGCUCUCGCGUCUCCGUCAAGCUGGUGUCCGAGGUUGGUGUCGGUAUCGUCGCCUCCGGUGUCGCCAAGGCCAAGGCUGACCACAUCCUGAUCUCUGGUCACGAUGGUGGUACCGGUGCCUCCCGCUGGACUGGUAUCAAGUAUGCUGGUCUUCCCUGGGAGCUUGGUCUUGCCGAGACCCACCAGACUUUGGUCCUGAACGACCUCCGUGGCCGUGUGGUUGUCCAGACUGACGGUCAACUCCGCACUGGUCGUGAUGUCGCCAUGGCCUGUUUGCUCGGUGCUGAGGAAUGGGGCUUCGCUACCACUCCUCUUAUCGCCAUGGGCUGCGUCUUCAUGCGCAAGUGCCACUUGAACUCUUGCCCUGUUGGUAUCGCUACCCAGGACCCUGAGCUCCGUAAGAAGUUCACCGGUACUCCCGAGCACGUCAUCAACUUCUUUUACUACGUUGCCAACGAGCUCCGUGCCAUCAUGGCCAAGCUUGGUUUCCGCACUAUCAACGAGAUGGUUGGUCACGUCGAGGUUCUCAAGGUCAACGACGAGUUGCGCACCAACAAGACCGCCAACAUCGACCUCUCUCUCCUCCUGACUCCUGCUCACAAGCUCCGCCCCGGUGUUGCUACUUUCAAUGUCCGCAAGCAGGACCACAAGCUUUACGUCCGCUUGGACAACAAGCUCAUCUCUGAGGCCGAGUUGACCCUGGACAAGGGACUCCCCUCUAGAAUCGAGUGUGACAUUGUCAACACUGAUCGUGCGAUGGGUACCUCGCUGUCUUACCACAUCUCCAAGCGCUACGGUGAAGAUGGUCUGCCUUUGGACACGGUCCACGUCAACAUCAAGGGUUCCGCGGGUCAGUCCUUCGGUGCCUUCCUGGCCCCUGGUGUUACUCUCGAGCUCGAGGGUGACGCCAACGACUACGUUGGCAAGGGUCUGUCCGGCGGUCGCCUGAUUGUCUACCCUCCCCGUUCCGCGGUCUUCAAGGCCGAGGAGAACAUCAUCGUUGGUAACGUCUGCUUGUACGGUGCUACCAAGGGUACUUGCUUCUUCCGCGGCGUUGCGGCUGAGAGAUUCGCUGUCCGCAACUCCGGUGCUACCGCUGUUGUUGAGGGUGUCGGUGACCACGGUUGCGAGUACAUGACUGGUGGCCGAGUCGUCAUUCUCGGCAGCACUGGCCGCAACUUCGCUGCCGGUAUGUCUGGUGGUAUCGCCUACGUCCUCGACAUCCACAAGGACUUCCUCUCUAAGCUCAACACUGAGAUGGUUGAGGCCGAGGCUGUCGAGGAGCCCACUGAGAUCGCCUACCUUCGCGGUCUCAUUGAGGACCACCACCACUACACUGGCUCCGAGCUUGCUGCCCGCAUCUUGGUUGACUUCAACCGUGCUCUUCCCCGCUUCGUCAAGGUCAUGCCUGUCGACUACAAGCGCGUCCUCAAGGAGGAGGCCGCCAAGGCUGCUGAGGCCAAGCGCGCCGAGUACAACCUGCCCAUCGUCUCCGGUGUCCACAACAAGAAGGAGGAGAAGGCUGCCAAGCUCCAGGAUAUCGAGGAGACCAUUGGUGACAAUGCUGCCGAGAAGAAGCGUGCCCUUGUCCUCGACAAGACCAAGGGUUUCAUGAAGUACCAGCGCCGUGCUGAGAAGUACAGGAGCGCGAAGACCCGUACCAAGGAUUGGGCCGAGCUUUCCUCCCGUCUUGAUGAGGACGAGCUCAAGUACCAGUCUGCUCGUUGUAUGGACUGCGGUGUUCCCUUCUGCCAGUCUGAGACGGGUUGCCCCAUCUCCAACAUCAUUCCCAAGUGGAACGAAUUGGUGUUCCAGAACCAAUGGCGUGAUGCUCUCAACCGUCUGCUCAUGACCAACAACUUCCCCGAGUUCACUGGCCGUGUCUGCCCUGCUCCUUGCGAGGGUGCCUGCGUUUUGGGCAUCAACGAGGACCCCGUUGGUAUCAAGUCCAUCGAGUGUGCCAUCAUCGACCGUGGUUUCGAACAGGGCUGGAUGAUCCCCACUCCCCCUGAGGUCCGCACCGGCAAGAAGGUUGCCAUCAUCGGCUCCGGCCCUGCUGGUCUGGCUGCUGCUGAUCAGCUUAACCGCGCUGGUCACACCGUCACUGUCUACGAGCGUGCUGACCGCCCUGGUGGUCUUCUCAUGUACGGUAUCCCCAACAUGAAGCUCGACAAGCGCAUUGUCAAGCGCCGUACCGACUUCAUGGCUGCUGAGGGUAUCAACUUCAAAUGCGGUGUUGCCGUCGGCGAGGACAUCCAGCUCAUGGACCUCAGAGCUGAGAACGACGCUGUCGUCAUCGCCACUGGUGCCACCGUUGCCCGUGAUCUUCCCAUCAAGGGUCGCGAGCUCGAGGGUAUCCACUACGCUAUGGAGUUCUUGCACAAGAACACCAAGUCCCUGCUCGACUCUGAGCUCGAGGAUGGUUCCUACAUUUCCGCCAAGGGCAAGGACGUCGUUGUCAUUGGUGGUGGUGACACCGGUAACGACUGUAUCGGUACUUCCGUCCGUCACGGCGCCAAGUCCGUCAUCAACUUUGAGCUGCUUCCCCAGCCUCCCCCGGAGCGUGCCCGCGACAACCCAUGGCCCCAGUGGCCCCGCAUCUACCGUGUUGACUACGGCCACACCGAGGUCAAGCAGCACAUGGGCAAGGACCCCCGUGAGUUCUGCAUUAUGUCCGAGGAGUUCGUCGACGAUGGCUCCGGAAAGGUCAAGGGCAUCAACACCAUCCGCGUCGAGUGGACUCGCUCCGCGACUGGUGGCUGGGAUAUGAAGAAGAUUGAGGGCUCCCAGCAGUUCUUCCCUGCCGACCUCGUCCUCCUGUCCAUGGGUUUCCUCGGCCCCGAAGCCCGCAUCCUCGGUGACGACAUCGAGAAGGAUGCCCGCAAGAAUGUCAAGACCCCGCCUGGCAAGUACAGCACCAACAUCCCCGGCGUCUUUGCUGCCGGUGACUGCCGCCGUGGCCAGUCCCUCAUCGUCUGGGGUAUCAACGAGGGCAGACAGGCCGCCCGCGAGAUCGAUCUCUUCCUCGAGCAGUGCACCAGCCUGCCCGUAACUGGCGGUAUCGUCAAGCGCACCGCCGGCGAGAUCUUUACUCAGAUCAAGCCCGUUCAGGCCUAAACACUCUUCCAUCGUUCACAGAAGGAGCUAAGUGUUAUGAAAAGAUAAAAAGAAAUGAUGCUUUUACAGUGACCGCGAGGUCAACGAGGGGCAUCGGGUCGAAAACAAAAGGCGUGUGGGAGGGGAGACAUUGGAAUUCCUGGAAAUACCCUACACUACAAAAAGGUGUCUUGUUUGAUACCCUCAAAACCCCGUGCUUUAUGAGCGACAAAUAUUGUGUUGGCUUGUCGGUUUUUUUCUGUUUUGCCCUUUGUUAUAUUGCUGUCCUUUGGUCGAGUCAUUUGGUCAACGGAUGAGUGGCUUGUGGUUU